AUUCAGUGCCUCUGUUUCAGCAUCAAACGUAGCUGCUAGACAAACAGCAAGAUAUAGAUAAAGACAAGGUGACACCAAUCUCCUUCACGAAACCGGCAUUAUGUGACAGGCAAGCACCCUCUGCUCUCCGAGCCUCAAACCAAAUCACUUGUUCCUCAGCUACUCCACCGUUCACUCCAUCAUUCCAUAAAACCAUAGCCCCUGCUUCACCUUUAAGCAAUGGCGCCGUCGCCGGUGGAGAUUGGCGCCAGGGGAACGAUUGGAGCUCUGGUGUCCAAGGAGAUUGCGUACUUUGAAAUGCUAAAUCCAGGCCACCAUGAACCCUCCAGCCAGAAACUGGACCAGGUGAGCACACAAGUAGCCUCCACAAGUGGAGGAUCUAAGCAAAAGUCAGGCUCAAGUAGAGAAGUGAAGAGGAGGAAAAAGAAAAAGAAGUUACCAGCUAGCAGAGGGUUCCUUCCGAGCAUAUGCUCCGCGGUGGAUGCCAUCGACACCAGCCAAAGUGAGAAAGUUACAGGAAUCAGCUACAGGAACUUGCGAACUGUGGGAUGAAGCUGCUGGAGAACUAGUUGAAUCCUCGAACUUGCUGUUCCAUUGGAGGAUUGAAGCAAUUGAGAUCUACUUAGAUACUAGAACUUUAAUUCUCUAUGAGAUGUGUCACAGCGACGUCAUAUUCGUUUGUCUGAUUUGUUCUCUGUAAUGCUCUACUAGGAUCGUCACCAGGGCGGACAAAAAUAAAGUUUUGUUUCUUUCACUAGAUUAUUGUGAAAAA